AAGCCGCCUCUCUGCCGGGAGAGGAAGGCUCUUUUUCGGUCAGAUGGCGUGCUGCAGUCCGCCCCCGUCAUUCUCCAGCCCACACAGACAGCGAAAAGGCAGCCAGCGACCAAUACGGUGCGCCGGAGGAGGAUUUCUGCCAGUGAUUUCAGACGAAGUACGACACGCGAAGGGGAUUUACUACGGCGACGUGAGGCGCGCAAGCUCGCGGCGAUAGUAUCGACCUGUGACAUCGGUGGUUGGAGAGACGAAUCACGCCGGUCUCCUCUCUGCACAUCUGCCUGGCCUGGAAAAGAGCCGCGUGCCAUGUCUCUGCCACGCACACUUGGGGAGCUGCAGCUCUAUCGGGUGCUGCAAAGGGCCAACCUGCUCGCCUAUUAUGAAACCUUCAUUCAGCAGGGCGGUGACGACGUGCAGCAGCUCUGCGAGGCAGCGGAGGAGGAGUUUCUGGAGAUCAUGGCACUAGUUGGCAUGGCCACCAAGCCACUGCAUGUGCGUAGGCUGCAAAAGGCCCUCCGUGACUGGGCAGCCAACCCUGCCCUUUUCAACCAGCCCGUCUCCAGUGUUCCGCACGGGGGCAUCCCUCUGUUCAAAGUGGACGGAACGGGCACAAGUGGAUCAUCAGGCGGGCCCAGGAAGUCUGUGAGCAAUGGGCAGCCGGGGUCACCGUGUGAAAGGGAGGAUCGGGCGUGUCUUACUCCAAUGCACGGUGGGAGUCCAAGAAGCCCCUGCUCCCAGGCCUCUCCACAGCCACCAGACAUGCACUACAGGGAAAAACUGUCACCCAUGGACCCUCACUGGCUCAGCCCGGAGCCAGACGGGAACUGCAGCGCAUCUGGAAUGGAGGAGGAGCCGCCCAGCCCACCUCUGCUGUCAAUGUGUCCCCCUGGUCCCUCCACAUCUCCAAGUCCUUCUGCUUCUAUUGCCCCGGCAGCCCUGUCUGCCUGGCCUGGAGGACAGCUGGACGGGGAGACGGCCAGGGCGGUGGUGGCCAGCGUGGACAGGCUCCUCAGGACCCUGCCGAUGUCAGAUCCUGCGGAGGUGAAGACUCUGCUGAGGAUGAACAAGAAGAUGGCCAAGACUGUGGGGCACAUCUUUAAAAUGGGGUCCCAGGAUGUGAACAAGGAGGAGGAGAUCCGAAAGUACAGUCUCAUUUAUGGACGCUUUGACUCAAAGAGGAGAGAAGGCAAGCAGCUCACACAUCAUGAGUUGAUCAUCAAUGAAGCUGCAGCCCAGUUCUGUAUGCGCGACAAUGCCCUUUUGCUGAGACGGGUUGAGCUCUUUUCUUUGGCUCGGCAGGUGGCGAGAAAAUGUGCCUACACCUCCACUCUAAAGCAAACAAGGACAAAUGCAGAUGAGAACAGCGUGGUGUCACAGAAGAGGGCGAGACACGAGGUAAUCGAUCCUGAGAGCGUGUCAUCACUUCUCGGAGUGGAGGGGUCAGAGGCCUUGACCCAGAGGGCGGACGAUGACAGCUUAUCUGCAGAAAGCCUCGACAGUGUAUCACAUGACAUCGGCUCACAGUGCAACCAGUCUCCUUCCCCCCGUCCCCACACCGACGCCUCCAACCCUGCCAACUGGAGUCGCCAUCUCAUACAGCAAACACUAAUGGACGAAGGGCUGCGAUUGGCUCGGAUGGUGUCUCAUGAUCGGGCCGGCAAGAUCAGCCUAGGGUCAGAAGGACCUCGUUCCACAGACCAUGACAGUAAAGUGGAGAAGCGGAGCUCAUUUACAGCGUGUAGGAGCAGUAGCCCUUGCAUCACCAAAGACAACACCAAUCACCGGGGGAAAUGAGAACGCUCGGAGGUCAUCUGGGAACUUUUUGUGCUCAGGCCUGCCACUGAACUCCACACUGAGACUCCGCUGUACAGGCUGUAACUGAGCAGGUUAUUCCACGUGUACUUCACUGACAUCACAAGCAUAAACAUCACAAGCCUAAACAGUUAAUGUCAGAAUUUACCAGUGACUGAUAUUAUACACAUGCAGUGACUUCAAAAAGUUAUGGAUCAAGUUAAAAAUGUUUUGACUUUAUAUUCAGUAAAGACACCUUUUUUUGUUUGAUUUUUUUAAUUCCAUGACUACAUGUCCUGCAGAUUUUAGCUGAUAGUAAAAAGAUCUGAAACUGAUCUUUUUUGUUAAAUGAAUCAGUCUGUUGUGAGCAGUGCUGUAAAAGACACCUUUCUUCAGAUGAAAUGGGCUCACCACAGCAGGGGGCACUGCAACUCUGUAAAUGGACUCUUAACUUGGGUAAAACUGGAGUUACAUGGUUGCAGUCUCAGCAAGUAAUAUCAUAACACGACAACAAUCCCUGCAGCCCAUCACCCUCAGGAAACAAACAGACAUCAAUAUUGUAGUCAGACUGAUUCAAACAUGAAUGGUAUUUUUCAGUAAUUUUACAGAGAAGGAUAACAUGAAUUGACCAAGAUUGCCCAGAUCAUGGAAAAUUUGAUCAUUUACUGCAUUAUCUUAUCACCCAUCCAAUCUGCACUGAUAUAUACUGAGAUGUUUGAUAUAUGAAGCUACCAGUCUUCCCCCUCACAUCCUUGUUGAACAAUAUUUGACCACAAAUGGCUGAAAUUGUUUGCAUGAGAAGAUGCUUCAGGCUUUAGUUUGAGGCAUUUCACUAUUUUCAAUUCUGUUAAAAAUGUACUCUGAAUAUAUUUUCUAAACUCAAUGAGAUUUAAAAAGAAUACCCACAUUUUAUUAAUUUCCAGGCAAAAGUUGAAUUCUUUUCCCCCACUUUAUAUGGUGAAGUCAGGUUUACAAGGUUUACAAACUCGCAGGGUUCAGUGUCUUGCUCAAGAGCAUUUCAGCAGGGAGGAUGUUCUCGGACUCUGUAUAGAGCCUUUUGAUUAAACUGCAUUCAGAACUUCAUUGCAAGAUUUAUAAAAGAAUUAAUUUAAAACUGUUUCACUGCAUUUUUAAAAUAUUCAAAUGUGGUGAUUAAGGUAGAUUAUUGAUGCAAUUCUUUUUUUAGGUGUAGCGGACACUCGUGGGCUGUAGCGGUGUUAUUUUGGGAUGAUUUAUUUAGUCUAAGAUAUUAACAAGGUGAGACUUACGUUAGUUUUACUUUUUCAAAAAAUUCUUUUGACCUUUGAGGCUUGCAGUAAUUUAAAAUGAAUAAUCUCCCUUUGUAAGCUUGAGAAAAACAAAAACACACACGCAGAGGUUUACAGAAAGAAACCAUAUGGUGCUUGACUUUUGAUACAUCAGCAGCAUCUGUAAUUUAUUUCAACCUACUGGCCCCCUCGGAAUUGUUGAAAUGUGUUCAUAUAACAACAAGACUCAUGUUGAUAAUUAAUGAAAACAUUACGUUUUUUGGAACCUUAAUCACAGUAUGUCAGUGAGGUAGCUUGUGUGAAUCAGUUACACCUGCCCGUCUCCUGAGCAUUAGCAACCUCAGUUUAUUAUGUUGCAAAACAGAUUAUUUAUUUUGUUACAUCCUAAUAAAUGUUAUUUUAUUGUUUAAA